AAAAAGGAAAGCCAACGAGGAUUUAAUUGAGGGCGUUUAAAAAAAUUAGUGCUAACCCGGCCUUAAUGCUACUUAACGCUUCCGUAAAAUAUGUUAACAGACAAAAACUCUCUUACGUGUCAACACCAACCGAAUAUCUCCUCUUCUCCCACCUCAACACGUGUCCUUUCCUGUCUCUUCUCUCCCUGAAAAUCUGAAUCCAAACAGUAUUACAAAAGCAAGUGCCCGUACGAAAAGAGCACAUUUUAUAUUUUAUUUAUUGUUUCUUUAUUUGUAGUUCGAGUUUUUAGCAUUCUUUUUCGAAAUGGAAAAUAAGUGUGCGAUUAUGGGGUUAAGAGAGGAUGAGAUUGAACUGGAACUGGGAUUAUCAAUCGGAGGAAGCUUUGGAAAAGUCGAGAAAUUAAAGCCAGUCAAGAACGAAUCAAAGCGCGAUGAUAUCCCGGUUGCAGAUCGCGGGGAAAGCUUGGUUUUUGAUCCGCAAAUGAAACGAAAGAUACAAUCUUUAAGGAGACAAGAAGCGAAGAAGAAACGAGAAGAAAAGCAGCAAAAGAGAUGCCACCACAACGGUGAAUUCCGAAGCGAAGAGAACGACGAUGACGAUGUAACGGAACAAAGAGAAUGCAAGAAGAACAAAGUUGAAGAAUAUUCUGGGGAUGUAAAUCUUAAUUUAAACGCCGAACUAAAUAAUCCGUUGGCGUACCCAGUUUUCCCGGUGCGGGUCCCGUACCCGUACCCUCAUCUCCAAUUUGUCCCGGUCGCCAACGGGUUCCCCUAUUCUUGGGGUGGUGGUGCAAGUAAGGUUGCGAUGAAUGGCGGAUUACAAACGGGUCAUGUUGAUAAUGCAAACGGAUAUGAUUCGGAACAGAAUAACGGCAAAGAUGAACGGAAUAGGAAAACUGGGUCCAACGGAUCUUCCACGUAUAGUUCCUCCAUUGCUUCAGAUCUUCAAAGCUCUUCUAAUCCAGGCACUACCUCUCACCAAAUGGACUCUGCUGAAAGCAUCGACAAAUGUAGCAAUGACGGCAUCGAGAAGGCGCCGCGGAUGAAUCUGAAGAAAGCGCCACCCAAACCUGAAACUAAAACUACAAGUUCAACGAAAGAUGCCGAUAAAGGGGAGAUCGGGAAACUUCCAAAUCCCCAAACUCCUCCUAUUCAUGACAUCCUUCGUAACAUGCCUCGCGUUUCAACGACGGGGAAUGGACCCCAUGGCAAAACCAUUAAUGGAUUUCUGUACAGAUAUUCUAAAUCGGAGGUCAGCAUCAUCUGUGUCUGCCAUGGAAGCUCCUUCACACCGGCAGAGUUCGUGCUGCAUGCUGGUGGCAAUGAUGUAUCACAUCCUCUGAGACAUAUUACCGUGAUUCCUUCGGCUAUACAACAAAUGUAGCCAUGCCUGAUUCUUUUGCACGGUCUUUAGGCCCCUUUUUUUUCAUAUUUUUUCUUCUAGAGCGUGGGAGUUGCAGAAAUCUGGGUAGCAAAUUAUGGGUUGUAUAUUUGUCGAUGGCGCAUUUUCUCCCGAAACUGAAUAGACGAGACUCGUCAUUUCCUUCCCUUGCGAAAAGGUUUAACUGCGGUAACU